AUGAAGCCCCUUAUUACCUUUAUUUUCAGUUUGACGUCUUUUUUCUUCUGUGUCUCUCUGUUUCCGGAACCUGGAGCAGCUGCCGCACACAACGAUGGUGUUUACAUUGUUUACAUGGGCGCACCGGCUUCGCUUAAGGGUUCAUUAGAGGAUGAUCAUGCUCAACUCCUAAAUUCAUUGUUAGAACGGAAACAGGAUGCCCUGAUACACAACUACAAAAAUGGUUUCUCUGGGUUUGCAGCACAUCUAUCAGCUGAAGAGGCUCGUUCAAUUGCUGAGAAACCAGGAGUUGUAUGAGUCUUCCCCGACCUGUUACAACUCCAUACUACCCGAUCAUGGGAUUUCUUGAAGUAUGAAACUUCGGUGAUGAUUGAAUCAAAUCCGAGCUCAGAUUCAAACUCAAUGGAUGCCAUCAUUGGCAUCCUAGAUACAGGAAUUUGGCCAGAGUCGGAGAGUUUUAAUGACGAGACCAUGGGUCCAAUUCCGUUAAGAUGGAACGGUACUUGCGCCAACGGACAUGAUUCCAGCACCUUCAACUGCAACAAAAAGAUAAUUGGAGCAAGAUCGUACGGUGCUGGCGAAAUCAAGUCCCGUACGCCAAGGGAUAUGAUGGGGCACGGCACUCAUGUGGCGUACACUGCGGCGGGAGUUGAGGUCAAGGAUGUAUCUUACUAUGGACUGGCGGCUGUAACUGCCAAGGGUGGAUCGCCGGGGUCAAGAUUAGCUAUAUAUCAAGUAUUUUCCUCUCAAAACGGAAGCCAUGGAUCCACUGUAUUAGCAGCAUUUGAUGAUGCGAUUGCUGACGGGGUUGAUGUGCUAUCACUGUCCUUUGGAUCAUCGUCAUUUCUAGAGCAAGAAUUUAUAAACGAUCCCAUUGCCCUUGGAGCAUUCCCUUCGGUGCAGAAUGGGAUUACUGUGGUUUGCUCCGCGGGAAACGAUGGACCGAACCCUGGUUCGGUUGUGAACUCUGCACCUUGGAUCUUAACUGUAGCCGCUAGCACGAUUGACCGGGUUUUUGAGUCUGAUGUUGUCCUGGGGAACAAUAAAGUAAUUAAGGGCACAGGUAUUAAUUUCGCCAACAUUCAAAAUUCUCCUGUGUACCCAAUUAUAUAUGCAAAAUCAGCCAAGAAAAGUGGAGUAGACGAAAAUGCAACAAGGAACUGCGAACCAAAUUCGAUGGACCAAGAAAUUAUCAAAGGAAAGAUUUUUGUCUGUGACAAUGAAGAUUCAUUGUAUCCACAGAUAAAUAAACAAGAUGAAGUGAAGAAACUUGGAGGUAUUGGGGUAAUCUUGAUUGACGAUGAAUUAAGAGGCGUCGCAUUCAAUUUCGGUACAUUUCCAAUGACUCUGAUCAGUUCAAAAGAUGGUGCUAAGGUUCUCUCCUACAUCAACUCAACAAAAAAUCCAGUUGCCACGAUCUUGCCUACGACAGCACCAGCAAAUUAUAAACCGGCACCUACUAUAGCAUAUUUCUCAUCUGGAGGCCCUUCCACCAUCCCAAAGAAUAUUCUCAAGCCUGAUAUCGCAGCACCUGGAGUGAAUAUUCUUGCAGCAUGGAUAGGGAAUGACACGGUUCAGACACUAAAAGGCAAAGACCCGCCACUGUAUAAUGUGUUCUCAGGAACUUCCAUGGCAUGUCCUCAUGUUUCCGGGAUUGCCGCGGCAGUUAAAUCAAGAAACCCUACAUGGAGUCCCUCCGCAAUCAGGUCAGCCAUUAUGACAACAGCGGUUCAAACAAAUAAUAUGAAAGCCCCAAUUACGACCGAGAAAGGUACAGCAGCAACGCCUUAUGAUUUUGGUGCAGGAGAAGUAAUCACCACAGGACCAUUGCAACCUGGUCUAGUUUACGAGACUACUGCUAUUGACUACCUGAAUUUCCUAUGCUACCAUGGUUAUAAUAUAGCUACGAUAAAAAUUAUGGCCAACACUAUCCCAGAUGGGUUUACAUGCCCAGAGGAGUCAAGCAUUGAUCUUAUAUCCAACAUCAAUUAUCCAUCAAUAGCAAUUUCCAAUUUCGAUGAAAAAGCAGGCAGGAGAGUGAACAGAACCCUUACAAACGUUGCCGGAAAUGUCAAAAUGGAAGAUGCUAAAACAGUGUAUAACAUAAGCAUUGAUGCACCUGCAGGUCUUGAUGUUCAAGUGGUCCCAGAUAAACUGCACUUCAGUAAAUUUGAUGAAAAGUUAUCGUAUCAAGUGAAUUUCUCAGCCGCAAAUCCGCUCAAAAAAGAUGUAUUUGGAUCCAUAACAUGGUCGAACGGAAAAUACAAAGUCAGAAAUACAUUUGCUAUAAGCAGUAAAAGUGGUAGCGUAGCGUUGGAUAAAAAAUAGCAGGAUCGACAAGUUCUGAGUUGCACUGUAAUAAACAUGAAUCGAAGCUCUUUAACUUGACUUUAA